CUGUUCCAGUCGGGCAGAUCUUGUGCUUAAGUGAUGUAAACUGGCCUCUCCCUCGGAACAAGGCACAGACUGUGCCCUGCACAGAGCGGGAUGGAAGCACCAGCUUGAACCCUCCCUGCUCUGGGACAUGGUGUUGUGUCCCAUCUUGAUUUCCCCUUGUUCUGUGCCAUCUCCCAUUCUGGGCAGCUGAUCAGACGGGUGAUAUCGGAGACCUCCAGUGGUGGCGUGACAGGCAAUGACGUCCUCAUGCACUCCGUGGUUCCAGAUCUGCCCUUCGGUGGUGUGGGUAACAGCGGGAUGGGAGCCUACCAUGGCAGGUACAGCUUCGAGACCUUCUCCCACCGCCGCGCCUGCCUGAUCAGGGACCUGAAGAUGGAGGUUGUGAACAAACUGAGGUACCCACCUGGCAGCCAGGAGAAGGUGGAUUUGGCCAGGUUCUUCCUCCUGAAGCAUUGCAACCACAGCCGAGUGGGACAGUUCAUCUUGGCCCUGCUGGGGGCUGUGAAAGCAGUGAUGGGAAAGAUAUUCUCCCCUUGACGAGAGGGGUGAUGGGCAGUCAGCAGCUUUCCAGCCCCAGAACCCACCACUCACUCCCUGCAGUCCUACUGCUGAACUUUUCUCUGCUGCAAUUUCAUUUCUUCCA